CGCCCCCGCUCCUCGCCCCCGCCCCCCUAUUCCUUGCCCAAGCCAGAGCGCCCCGCUGGACCGCCACCGGCCCUCGUUCCCCCGCCGUCUUUUGGCACCUCCCUCCCCUCUCCCGCCUCCUCCCUCCCUCCCCCCCCCGCCCGUACAGUGAAACAUGGCUCGUAACGAGGAGAAGGCCCAGUCCAUGCUCUCGCGCUGGAAGCAAGUCCAGCAGCGCGAGCAGGGCGUCUACGUCGAUCCGUUCAAGCAGCGGCGGCCGCGCGUCGUCGACACGAUCGACAACAUUUCCGAGGCCGAAAAGUGGCGCGGUGAUGUUACCCGGGAGAUCAGUCGCAAGGUGGCCCAGAUUCAAAACCCCGGCCUGGGCGAGGAGACCAUCCGCGAACUGAAUGACGAGAUCAACCAUCUCUUCCGGGAGCGCCGCGCCUGGGAGCAUCGCAUCAAGGCUCUCGGCGGUGCAGAUUACACUCGCAUGCCCACCCGCAUCCUGGAUAAAGAUGGCAAGGAGGCUGUUGGCUCCUAUGGCUACAAGUACUUUGGCGCGGCCAAGGACCUCCCCGGCGUCCGUGAGCACCUCGAGGCCAUCUCGCUAGAGCAACAGGAGCGCCGGAAGAAGAAGGAGAGCCCCUACAAGGGCAUCGAUGCCGACUACUACGGCUACCGUGAUGAGGAUGAUGGCAUUCUCUUGGUCCUCGAGGCAAAGCAGGAGCUCCACGCUGUGGCCGAAGCCCGUGCGGCGUGGCUCGCGCAGCAGCAGCAGCAGCAGCAGAAGCCGACGCAAGCCGACGAUGGUGAAAAUCCCCUGGACAGCAUCCUCGGGCUGGACGAGGCCCAGGCCGAGGAGGUGCUGGCCGCCUCCGCCAACGACGGCCGGCCCAUCACCGACGGAGAAAACACGGUCCUCGAUUCGCAUCUGUCCAUCCCCUCCCAGGAAGAGAUGAAGGCCAUCAUCCUCGGCAUUCAGAAGAGGAAACUGGUGGAGCUCUAUGCCACCAGAAGCUGAUCCUGGACCGCAUGUGACGAUAUGGCCGGCCACCGUGCCACCCUGACCCUUGGGCGGCGCGAGCGACCCCUGUACCCGGAAAAAAAAUCAAACACCCACUUUGUCUCCUU